AUGCCUCAUCAAAAUGAACCCAAAUCCUCUAAAUUACUCGUGACCGGCGUCGUGUCUUUUUACUUGGUCGCUGCACUCGCUAUGGUCGUGGCAAAUAAGAAGGUCCUGAACGAGACAACGACGCCGUUAUUCUUCCUAUUUUGCCAGCUGUUCAUAGCGGUCAUCCUUUUCCUCGCCUCAGACGCCCUCCGACUUCUACCUGACCGCCUAACUUUCGACAUUAAUACCUGCAAAGGCCUUGUUCCUAUGGUAUCCCUUAAUGUCGUGGGACUCAGUCUUAGUAACUAUACCCUCGCCCAUGUCGAUGCUUCGUUCUACCAAGUCGCCCGGGGUCUCGUCCUACCAUUCACGGUCGUUGCUACACUCGUUUUCCUGCACUCCACACCUUCCGUUCGAAUCAUCCUAGCGUGCUCUUUGGUCACGGCCGGAUUCUUUGUCGGAGUAUUCCUUGACGGCGUAAGACCCUCCAUGGUUGGAGUCGCGUUCGGUGUUGCUUCUUCUCUAAUCACUGCAGUCCACUCGGUGGUUAUCAAGAAAAGUCUUGCUGUAGUUAACGGGAGCGCGCUCAUGCUCUCGUGGUACACCAACCUACUGAGCGCCAUCGUCCUCAUUCCGAUAUUGAUUCUGGUUGGCGAGGUACCAGGGAUAAUGAAACUACUUGUCGGGGAGUUCACCGGGGUAGAUGGCACCACCAGUCCUUUGAAAAUCUUCCUAUGGGGUUCCCUUAUCACCGGUUGUCUGGGAUUCCUGAUGUCCAUCGCCAGCCUUUUAUCUAUCAAGGUCACAUCCCCCAUCACGCACAUGAUCUCAUCCGCAGUACGGGGCGUCGCUGCUUCGAUGCUGGGCAAAUGGUACUUUGGUGACAUCAUAACAACCGGGCGGGCUUCUUCGAUAGGUAUCAUCCUUCUUGGUUCCGCAUAUUACACUUGGGUGAAGCACCAAGAGUCUCAAACCGGUGCUAAGGGUUCUGAGGCUCCUCAAGCCUCGUCACGCGACGGGCGAGGGUCCUACGAACGUGUUAAAAUGGAUGAGCUAGAUCUUGAGGCGGCGAAGAAGGAAACGAAACCGGAGUAG